AGAUGACUCAUUUUUUAUAUUGUAUACUAUGAUUUUGUUUCUGCCAUAUCUGGUCAUCAUGUACAUAAACAUGAACAAUAAUGUGAAUAGUGUCAACAACAACCAACAGGUAAAUAGCAUAAAAUGAUGAUGGCUGAUGUUAAUGUUGCGGCUCAACGACUGUUUCAUCUUUUGUAGUAAUGAGAUUAUAGAACCUGAUUUGUUAGCGAUACCCGUCAAAACAUUCAUGGAAUAUGACCAUUUUUAUCUAUUUGAUUUGGUAGCCAACCAACCACCUUAUCUUCGUCACUAUCAUUUGGCCCCUUAUGAAACCAGUAUUAAGUUGACCUCAAGGCUACAAUGUUAUGAUUAUAAAGGCAUAUCUUCUCAUUUCUUUGGCAAAAAGUUUAUUGCGGGAUCGAUCACGGUUCCACCCAUCGAUCAACAAUUCGGCUGUCAACCCUUCAAUAAAAGCAAAUCGUUUUCGGGCUUAACGGUCGUUUUUUAUCGAGGUGAAUGCAAUUUCGACAUCAAAGUACAAAACGCUCACAAUGCAGGAGCCCAAGCAGUAGUGAUUUUAAGGGACGACGAUGAUCCGCCUUUCAGACCUUAUGUCUCUUCGGUGAAUGACAAGAUACCAUGUAUUUUGUUAGAUAGAUUCGAUAGCAAGGAACUUUUGGCAGUUCUAAAAGCAAAUAGUGGCACAAGUACUGUGUCUAUAAAACCCUUACCGCCUCUACCUGGUGAACUUGACGUCCGAUUUUUGGGUAAAAAGGUUCAUAAUAUGGUUAUGAUCAAUGAAUGAAAAUCAUGGGCCCAGAAAGCAUUAGGAAUAGAUGAUUAGGAAAGAAUGGAAUAGAAUAUAUAAUACGAUUAUUUUUUUCUACAAUGGACGUUACCGUAAUCUAGCUGUAAAUUCUUAUAGUACUUGUACAUUAUUCGACGCUUAUAUAACAAACCCAUCUAUCUGCUGCCGAAUGAUAAAUAUCGGUUGGUCUUUCGCCAGUUGACGUGGUUGAGAAACUACCUCUUUUUUGUAGGAUAAUAAAGAAUUCUAUGAAACUGUUACGUGGUCGUCUGAUAAAAACGGACUGGUUUUAUGAAGAUAGUACUAAGUCUUUUCUUUUCAAAUUUAAUUAUUCUUUUGCUUCUUAAAAUAAGAUGGGGUAUCUUUAAUGAAUCGGUGAAAAAUACAUAAAUGGUA